UUAAAUUUAUUAUUAACAAUUAUAAUGGAUCCUUUGUUCGAAGCGAUAAGUUUAUUGCAACGUCGAAAUUAUGAGAAAUGCAUUGAGAGGUGUAACAUCAUUUUGGAGAAAAAUUCGAAUGAUGAAGCUGCUUGGGUACUAAAAAUGAGAGCAAUGACUUUACGAGUUUAUAUAGACGAUUUAGAUGCUGAUGAUGGUGGCUUACCAGAUAGUGAACUGGAUUCGGCCGCUAUUGCCGACGCACCUCGUCCUGGUACAUCUCUGCGGGUAACCUCAACAGCUGGUGCGACUGCAAACCUAGCCCAAAGAGCCGCGACGUCCUCGACUGCCAGACCGAGAACAUCCACUGGUCGACCUAUUACCGGAAUGGCGCGAUUAGACACGAUGGGAUCUCGUUCCAACACGUCAGGGGGUGCGAGAUCUUUGACGGCCGCUCUACGUACAGCCAGAGGCACUACUGGGUCUGCAAGAUCCUUAAGACUUGGCACAGCAUCUACAUUAGCUCUUAGAGAUGGAGGACCUUUAAUGGCACAAGCUACAAGGUUAAAUGUUGGACGAUACGCAGGCGACGGAAAAAUUGCCAAGCCGCUCUUUGAGUAUUUGUAUUACCACGAAGGCGAUACUAGAAAGGCGAUGGAUCUUUGUGCACAAGCAUCUCAAAAGUGUCAAUUUUCUGAUUGGUGGUGGAAACUACAAUUAGCCAGAUGUUAUACACAACUAGGGCUGCACAGAGAUGCGGAGCGCCAGUUGCGCAGUUCUUUAGGUCAGGGUGCUCCUAUAGAAGCAGCGUUGCUUUUAUCAAGAGUUUAUGUGAAAAUCGAUCAACCAUUAAGUGCCUUGGCCGUAUGCAAAGCCGCUUUAGAGAAAGGCCCUCGAGAAGUUGCAUUAUUAACGGAACAAGCAAGAGUCUUAGAAGCUUUAGACGAUUUAUCAGCAUCAGUUGUGAUGUACAGACAGAUUAUGAUAGAAGAUGCAAUGAACACCGAAGCUUUAGCAUGUGUUGCCGUUCAUCACUUUUAUAAUGAUCAACCGGAAAUUGCUUUAAGAUAUUACAGGAGGAUACUGUCGAUGGGUGCAUUAAGUGCUGAAUUAUUUAAUAAUUUAGCUCUUUGUUUUUUAUAUUCAAGACAAUUAGAUUUAGUUCACAGCUGCUUUCAACGAGCUUUGCAAAUGGCCACAACGCCCGAACAGCGCGCGGACGUCUGGUACAAUUUAUCUUUUGUAGCCAUGAAUUCGGGAGAUUUGGGCUUGGCGCGUCGAUGUCUCCGGCUUACGAUAGGAUGCAAUGCGGCGCAUGCCGCUGCGCUGAACAACCUCGCCGUCUUGGAGCAAUGGGGCUACACGGGACAAACUGAAUCCACCGGCCGACUGAGGGGACGAGCUAAGGCAUAUAUGACCAGUGCUAUUGCACUGGAACCAAAUACACCAGAAAUACAACACAACGCUGCUAUGUUUCAUUUAGUUUAA